AUGGCGUGCACUUCAUUUACUUUUCCGGCCUCUCCAACCUCCUCAACUCUAAGGCCGAAAGACAUCUUCAAAGAGUAUAUUUAUGUCCGAAGAUUUUGCUUAGUUAACCAUCUUUGUCAUUGCAUCAAUCAUAUCCAGGUCACUCAAUCAAAACUACCAAACAACAACCGUUCCAUUGGAAUUUGCCCGUCUCAAUGUUUGAGUUCCAUGGUCCCAAAUUUGCUUAGAUCAUUUUUGUUUGGCCCAACCACGAGUAAGCAUACGAAAAUGCAGAAUAGCAUGCAUAUAAUGGAGAAAUUUGGAGAGAGUACUAGUGAUCAAGGGGAGGAAAUAAAGGGAGCCAAUUUGAUGGACGGGCUUGUGGCACUCGGUGACCUGUGGAGCAAUAUUUGGGAGCAAAAAGAGGUUGCGGACGAAGACAACACUCACGAUGAGGGUGAAAACGGUGGUUGUGGAAGUGGUGGAGAGGAAGGUGGUUGUGCGGGGAGUUGUGGUUUAGAAGAUAAUGAUGGGGAAAUGAGAUACAGAUCAUACGACCAGGAGUCUUUCUCGAGGUUUUUAGUUAGAGUACCAUGGUCAGAUACCAAGCUAUUUUCAAAGCUAGCCUUCUUGUGCAACAUGGCUUGUGUGAUACCAGAGAUCAAGGCCGAGGAUUUGAAGAUAUAUGGCCUCCAAUUUGUAACAUCUUCAUUAGAAAAGAAAGCAGAAGUAGCUGUUUCUUUGGAAAGUUCAACGAUGACAGAAGUACUUCAAGCAGCAAGCGAAAUGGCAAGACAAGAGACGGAAAAUGACCUUCGGUCACUCCACCACUCCUUGCCUUGUGAAUGGUUUGUUUGUGAUGACUCCAGUACGUCUACUCGUUGCUUCGUGAUUCAGAUUAUUUCUUAUAAGCCCUUCAUUACAAUCUGUGGCAUGGACUCCCUUGCUUCCCGACAGGCAUACCUCUUUUUCGAACCCACCAAAUUUGAGGAGACGAAUGUACAUGUUCACAGAGGAACCUAUGAAGCGGCACAGAAAAUGUACCAGCAAUUCAUGCCAGAUAUAUUGGAGCACUUAGAUAGAAAUGGUGAACUCGCAAAGCUUCAAUUUACUGGCCAUUGUCUUGGAGGAAGCAUUGCUCUUUUAGUCCACAUGAUGCUCCUCACUAGGAAGCUUGUGAAACCCUCUACUCUUCUGCCGGUUGUCACAUUUGGAUCACCAUUUGUGUUCUGCGGAGGCCACAAGUUACUUGAUCAACUAUGGUUGGAUGCGAAUAAUCACAUCCAUUGUGUGAUGAUGCAUAGAGAUGUUGUCCCUAGAGCUUUCUCCUGCAACUACCCCAACCAUGUGGCUACACUCCUCAAGCGUUUAAAUAGUUCAUUUCAGUCACUCCCUUGCCUGAUAAAAAAUAAGACGUUGUACUCUCCAAUCGGCAAACUGUUCAUUCUUCAACCUGAUGAAAGGUUAUCUCCUUCACACCCUCUACUCCCUAUGGGGAGUGCCCUCUAUGUCUUGGACAACACGCAAUCUGGUUUCUCUUCAGAUAUCUUUAGGGCCUUCUUGAAUUCCCCGCAUCCACUAGAAACCCUUAGUGAUCCUACAGCUUAUGGUUCAGAAGGUACAAUCUUAUGUGACCACGAUUCAAACAACUAUCUAAAGGCUAUCAAUAAGAUCCUACGGAAACACACAAGGAUGGUUGACAGGAAAGUGAGGAAGCAGCGGAAUCUCCUGUGGCCGCUGCCCGCUUCACCAUCUCCACAAAGGUCGAACAAUGAAGAUGAAAGUGGUCCGAAGAGAGAAACAAGUUACUAACAAGAUAUCGUACAGAGGAAUUUUAAAAAAAAUUCCUGCAUAUAAAUAUAGAGGAUUCUCAAGAGGAUUUAUCUCUCUCAUCCACUCCCCUAAAAUCUUGAACAAAGGCAUAAGUACAAUCUAUCAAAUCUGGUCUAUAAGAUAUAUUGAGAAGUCAGGUAAAUUCAAAUGACAGUGCAACCGCAUGUAUGAUCUCUUGUGACCACCUCAGCUAUUUAAGUUGGUAUGCAAGGGGCAUGAUUCUGUAAAACCCUUCCCUGCUCAUCUGUUUCACUCACUCUCUGCAAUUAAUAUCCAAGUUCAUCGGCUCUAUUUCACAUUCUUCUUGUAUUCUCUCUCUCUCCUUUGAUUUCCCCUUCACGAAACUUACUGAUCCAAUACUCUUAAUAUGGUUAUGGUAUCAUUCGCCUAAGUUGAUCGAUCUUGGUUUCGUUCAUCGUCUAAUAUCAUGUUGAUUUACACUCAGUAAUAAUUAAUCUAGUAAGUUAAACCAUAAUUAUUGGCAGAAUAAUUCAGCUUAUUAGCCAGAAAACAAACUGGUAAUGUAUAAGUACUGAAUCUGAAACAAAAGCAAGCUCACUACAGCACCACCAAAAUCGAGUGAUAUAUAUAAUGUGGGAUAUAUAUAUAUAUACAUACAUACAUACAUACAUAUAUAUAUAUAAAGCACGACUUACAGUUCAAAAUAUUGAGGCACGAAUUUAAUCUGCAGACAACUACCGAUCAUUUCAAGCAAACAUUGAUGACAUCGGAGAAUGCCUGCCUCCGGCAGCAGAAACUCUUGUACUUCGAAGAAAACGAAGCCUGAAAAUUGAAUCGUUGAUGUUAGAAUCGAAACAAAGUCCAUUACCAAAACCCCGAAUUCCUCGUAUACUUGUAUGCUCUUCCUAAGAAAUACUACAGUCAGCACCGUCGACAUGGCAUCCUUCAAUCUAGCCAUUUUCUGCUUCCUAAGCUUAAGCUCUCAAGCUGUUCUUUCUCUGUGAUGACAAAACUUAGAUUUCAUAUGAUGUUACAUCAAACAUUGAUUAUGUUAUGCUCGUACUAUUACAGUUGUAUC